AUGGACGAGAGAGGAAGCGAUAAGGCAAAGGCGGAAUUAGCUUUGCAAGCUCGUUUCAAUGAAAGGAGUAAAGGUUCGAAAGGGAAAUGGCCUUCGAAAGGGAAGCAAGGCGAUGGUGAACCUAAACAUUCGAAGGGACAAAAGGGUGAGAGCAGCAGCUCAAACGGUUAUGGUGAUCGAAGCAACGCGAGAGGUGGAAAACCAAGAGACAUGAGCAAAAUACAAUGCUGGAAAUGCAGGAAACUUGGGCAUUUUCAAUCAAAGUGUGGUGCUAAACAGCUUGAAACUAAAGGGGAUGAAGCCAAGGUUGCUAGGCAAGAGGUGGAUGAUGAAGCCACACUCUUAAUGAUGAUUACCGAUGAGUGCGAAGGCAUGGCAGAGGUGCUGGACAGCAGCUGCAAGUCACGGGACAGCAGCUGCAGCAGUGCAGAAAAAGCGACAGUUUUGAGUUCGGAACAAAAUGUGAUGAUUUCGGUUCGUGAUGGAACUCAAGGCAAAGAGGAGUGGUACUUAGACUCCGGAUGUUCAACGCAUAUGACGGGAAGAAGAGAUUGGUUUGUGCAAAUCAAUCAAGUGGCGAAAAACAAAGUGAAGUUUGCGGACGAUUCCACUCUCAUGGCCGAAGGUGUCGGUGAUGUGUUGAUCGAGAAAAAGGAUGGUGGACAUUCUAUGAUCAAGGAUGUGCUAUAUAUUCCAGGUAUUAAGUGUAAUCUUUUGAGUGUUGGUCAAUUGCUCGAAAAAGGUUACAAUAUACGGUUGGAAGAUAAGAUCUUGCGGGUUGUUGAUGCUAGUGGAGUGUUGAUCCUAAAGGCUCCCAUGGCUACCAAUAGGACUUUCAAAGUUGAGCUGAAAGUAUUGGAGCAUAGGUGCUUAGCUACAGCUGCAAGUAGAGAGAAGUGGUUAUGGCAUUAUCGUCUCGGUCACUUGAAUUUUCGUGAUCUCAAAGCGUUGCAACAAGAAGGUAUGGUUACCGGGCUGCCACACAUUAACAUUCCAGCUGAGUUGUGUGAGGAAUGUAGAAAGGAUGAGGUGUUUGAUGUAUUCAAGAGGUUUAAGUCCAUGGCGGAGAGGCAAUGCGGUCGCAAGUUGAAAGUUCUCAAAACGGACGGUGGAGGUGAGUAUACCUCGGUUGCGUUUGGGAAGAAUUGUGAUGAUGAGGGUAUAGUGCGUGAGGUUGUACCACCCUAUACGCCGCAGCAAAAUGGUAUUGCCGAGAGGAAAAAUCGUUCAAUUAUGAACAUGGUUCGAAGCAUGUUAAGCGGUAAAGGUCUACCGAAGGAACUAUGGGGAGAAGCGGUCUCUACAGCCACAUACUUAUUGAAUCGUUGUCCUACAAAGAAGCUUGAAAAGCUUACACCGGAAGAGGCUUGGUGUGAAUUCAAACCGAAUCUAAGUCAUUUGCAUGUAUUCGGUUCGGUGGCUUAUAAACAUGUGCCGGGACAAUUGAGAAAGAAGUUGGACGAUAAAGGAGAAGAAAUGAUAUUCGUUGGAUAUCACUCUACAGGCGGUUACAAACUGUUCGAUGCGAGAAAUCGGAAGAUUCAAAUUAGUCGAGAUGGCAAGAAUUUUGCAGAGAACAGCGUAACCGGUUACGGCCAGCCUGUACAUACAGGCGUAACCGGUUACGAGCAGAACAGAAUUCCAACUGCUGUAUUUUUUGAUGAUCCAGUCAGUCCCGAAACAGUUCCGCAGCCUCCGAAUAACGUUCAAACUGAAGAGCACCGUAGAAGAUCAACAAGGCAAAGGGUGUUGCCUUCUAGACUCCAAGAAUGCGAGAGAUUCCAAGAUAACGAAGUUAAUAAUGAAGGUGAUUUCGUUCAUUUUGCGCUUAUGGCCGAAUCCGAACCGGUGAAUACGGAGGAGGCUCUAAGGGAUCCAAAAUGGAUUUGUGCAAUGAAAGAGGAGUUGGAAUCAAUCGAGAAAAAUGGUACUUGGGAGUUAGUUGUUCUACCUCAUGGUAAAAAGCCAAUUGGUGUCCGUUGGGUCUUUAAAGUGAAAGCAAAUCCGAAGGGCGAGAUAAUCAAGUAUAAGGCUCGAUAG